AUGGCUGAUUUAUUAACCAGCCAUUUUGGCUGGUUCCCAUCCAAUAGCCAAUACGCAGCCUGGCAGCUUGGAGAGCGGCAUCUGGGUGGGCUAGAUCCGCUGUCGCCUCCAAAACCAGUAGGAAAAAAACCAGCAGGGGGGUCAAGUUUUCUGAGCUCCCGGUCCCAGCCAAAAAGGAAUGAAGAGGAACUUGAUCCAACAUGUGCAGCAGCAACACUGAAACUUCUACGAGAUAAGCUACCUCGGUUCCCACUCCUAGACCCCAGUGUGUCUGCAAGUACUGAGCCAACAGCUUCAGGAGAGCCUGACGGUAUGGCAACAAAACAAGAAGAAGAGAGAGCUAAAGCUCCUAUCAUGCCUUUUGGAUUAGAUCUUUACUACUGGGGACAGGACCAGCCAACUGCUGGGAAGAUUCUCAAAUUUUCCUCUCAGCAUCGGUUUUGGGCCCCCAAUGAAUUGGAAGAAGAGGUGGAAAAUAAAGAAGUAUCCGAAAUGUUAAAAACCAGAUACAUAACAUUUGCUGGCAAGUUUGAACCAGUGAAACAUAAAUGCAGAGCGCCAAUGCCUGAUGGAAGUCUAUGUGAAAGACAAGAUAGGAUUAAGUGCCCUUUCCAUGGAAAGAUAAUCCCUCGGGAUGAAUCUGGGAAUCCUGUUAAUCCAGAGGACAAAGCCAGAGAAGAAAAGCUGCGGUUUGAGAAGCAAGCACAACAGCCAGAAUGGCAAGACCCAGAAUUUAUGAGAGAGGUUGAAGCAGCUACUGGGGUGGAUCUUGGAUCUUCUAGAUACAGUGGAAAAGGGAAAAAGAAAGGAAAAAAGAAGAAAUACCCAAAUCUGACUGACUUGAAACAGCAGGCUAACACAGCUCGUUCCCGGCUUGAGAAAAAAGUCUUCAAUAAAGAGGCCAUGAAGCGAGUGGUGAAAGCAAUGAAUCGAAUGGACAGAAAAAGGCAUGAGAAGUUUGCAAACCAGUUUAACUACGCAUUGAAUUAAAUCACAAUAAGACAGGACCAAAAGGAGGAGUAACAAGACUGCAGCAAUACAAAACACUUCACAAAGGCCUUUAUAUUGCAACUAAAAUAUUGUGCUAUAUAUAUUUUAAUGGGGUUAUUUUUUUAAUUAGUGUCAACUUCUUGUAACUUAAUAUUUGAUAAUGAACAUAAUGAGCAUGGAUUGUAGCAAAGACAUGACUGUACAUAAUUGUAUGCAUUUAACAAAUUGAUAACUACUUGAAACUUGCAUUAAAUGGAACAAGCUUUAUGGCUUCUACAUAUUCUAAUUAAAAUGCUGAGACGUUCUUGUCUUAAUGGACCAAUGUAAUGUUUACACUUUGG